UUUGAUGGGAAGGAGUUGGCCGGGCCGCUGUCUCUGUCAGUGGCGGCUGCUGCCUGCUCCGGAGGCGGGCUGCGCGGUGGCGGCUGAAGCUGGCCGAGGCGGACGCCAGCGCCGGGCUGUGCCCGCUUCUUGACGCUGUGAAUUUCUUUGGACAAUUGAUGAUAUUUAUCAUUGUGCCCAGUUUCUACAAUUAAAAGAUGGGUGGAUUAUUUUCCCGAUGGAGGACAAAACCUUCAACUGUAGAAGUUCUGGAAAAUAUAGAUAAGGAAAUUCAAGCAUUGGAAGAAUUUAGGGAAAAAAAUCAGAGACUACAAAAAUUAUGGGUUGGAAGAUUAAUUCUUUACUCCUCAAUUCUCUAUCUGUUUACAUGUUUAAUUGUAUACUUGUGGUAUCUUCCCGAUGAACUUACAGCAAGACUUGCCAUGACACUCCCAUUUUUUACUUUCCCAUUGAUCAUCUGGAGCAUAAGAACAGUGCUUAUCUUCUUCUUUUCCAAGAGAACAGAAAGAAAUAAUGAAGCAUUGGAUGAUUUAAAAUCCCAGAAGAAAAAAAUACUUGAAGAAGUCAUGGAAAAAGAAACUUAUAAAACAGCUAAAUUAAUUCUUGAAAGGUUUGAUCCAGACUCAAAGAAAGCAAAGGAGUUUGAGCCGCCAUCUGCUGGACCAGCUGUAACUGCAAGACCCGGACAAGAGAUUCGUCAGCGAACUGCAGCUCAAAGAAACCUUUCUCCAACACCAGUAAGGUCUAGCCAGGGCCCUCCUCCACAAGUUCCAGUAUCUCCUGGUCCAACAAAGGACACUUCAGCCCCUGGUGGGCCCCCAGAAAGAACUGCUACUCCAGCCCUAUCGUCAAAUGUGUUACCAAGACGUCUUGGAUCCCCUGCUACUUCUGUGCCUGGAAUGGGUCUUCAUCCUCCGGGUCCACCUUUAGCUAGACCCAUUCUCCCCCGAGAACGAAGUGCUUUGGAUAGAGUUGUUGAAUAUUUAGUUGGUGAUGGUCCACAAAACAGGUAUGCCCUUAUAUGUCAGCAGUGUUUUUCUCAUAAUGGCAUGGCUUUGAAAGAAGAAUUUGAAUACAUUGCUUUUCGGUGUGCCUACUGUUUUUUCUUGAAUCCUGCAAGAAAAACCAGACCUCAGGCUCCAAGAUUGCCAGAGUUUAGUUUUGAGAAGAGGCAGGCUGUGGAUGGCUCAAGUUCAAUUGGCCCCUUGCCCUCAGGAAGUGUGAUUUCAUCAGAGAACCAGAUAAGUGAAGAAUCUUUAGAAGAACAAGAUGUUUUGGAUAACACUACAGAGCAGACAGAGGACAAAAUAACAAAUACAGAGCAGACAAAUGAAGUGAUUGAAAAAGCAUCUGGUACAGAGGAACCAGAAGAGAAGCAAGAAGAGACUGAGAAUGAGGAAACCUCAGUGAAUGAAGCCAAAUCAAUAGUUCCCAAAGCUGAUUCUAUUCCUGAUUCUAUUUCUGAUGCUGUUCCUGAUUCUAUUCCUAAUCCUGAAUUAAGUGGAGAAUCAUUGAUGACAAUGUAGUAAAUGCUUCCACAUGCCUUCAACUGGAUAGUUGUAGUUUUGUUGAUGUCAGUUAUUGCUUUUUAGGUGGUGCUUUUUUCUCUCUAAGGAUAUGCUUGAUAUCAUUUGAAUUCAGAUUGCCUAGCUAUUUCAAUAUGUCAAAAUUGUAUCUACCAGGUAUUAAAACUACAAGCAAGUGAUAUCAGUAAAGUAAGAUCUUUUUGAAUUUACAAAGACCCAUACUGGCUUUUAGAAUUUUAUUUUCUUUUGCAUUCUAAAAGUAAACAAACAUGAUAGCAUUCUUGUUUUCUAUAUGUGUGACCUGUAAAUAAUAUCCAUUUUGACAUAGGAAGAACUUUGGUUAGGAAUAAGUUCUAAUAGUGUUUGUUUAAAGGAAUGGAACUCAAGAUUUUUAAUAGUUCAUCAUUAAAAAUGGAUAGAAGUUUUACUCUCAAGAUAUUUGCCGGGGGCGGGGGUGAUGUCUAUUUAGGCAUUUACAUUAAGUAGUAUGAAAGUUUUAACUAUGUAGGCAUUGGUACGAAUUCUCAGUAAGAAUGCAAUUGAACAGUCAAGUGCAGUGUUUCUUUUUGAUGUCUCUUAUUUUGCAGCUGGGCCAAAGGCACAUAAUAUUAUAAUUAGUUUAUGUUUACAUAGUAACAUAUAGGAAAUAUUUCUGCACUUGACUGUAACUUGAAUUCUGAGCAUUAUUUAUACUUGUAAAAUAAUGAUAUUAUAAGUGAAUUUUGUGCUCUUGUGUGUAUUUUGUUAAGGAAAAUAAAGAUUAUCUGGCAGUAGUUUCUUUUUGUUAAAUAUCUAGACUUCUUCAGACAGAAUCUUGGUGGAUGACUUAGCUACCUGAAAAUAUCUCAGUAGGAAGAACUCACAAUACAACAACUCUGUAGAUACUGCUGAGGGCAAAUUAUGAUGCUUUUAUUGAGACUUGUUACCUUCUGAAUUCAGGGAACUAGUGACAUUAAGAGGUUCUAAUCAGAGAUUAGGUUUUUCUGAUUCAGGAAAACCAUAGGCCAUUUAUAAUUUUUAAUUUUGAGAGAUACCUAAGUUUUAUGAGAAUAGGUAGUUCAUUGGAUUUAAUAUGUGUUUUAAAGAUUAACUGAGAAAAAUUUGACCCAGAAUGGUAAUUCUGGUACCUUAAAUACAGUGUGGUUAUCUUUUGUCUUUUACCUCUCUUCUCCAUUAUUAAAAAAAUUUAAAUCAAGUUAUGACAAAAGGAGAAAUGUAUAGGAAUGGUGUGUAUAGCAAAUAUUUCUAAGUUGUACAUAGUUUAUUAAAAAUUUAAUAAAAUGACAUUUGUUAUUUAAAAUUCAUGUUUAUGAUUUAAUAACUUAUAUCGUUUAGGUAUUUUUAAGAAACUCAAUCUGUUAAUAGUCUGAAGCAUCAUGGUUUAGUGACCCAAUUUUUUGAUAUUAUAGAACUAGGCUUAAAUUUUGCCUCUGCAGUCUUAGUAUGAGGAUGAUUAAACAUAAUUUAUGUAAUGUUCCUACCUCUGUGCCUGAUAAUAGAUAUCAAGUAAAUAGCAUUUUAUGUUAUUGAUAUUCUUAUGAAAUAGGAAAGGGCCAUAAAUUCUUCCUCUUGCAGAUAAGGAAAUGAAAAAACUAUGAACAUAUAAUUCAGCUGCUCAGAAUCAAGCCAAUGUUUUCUGCAUCAACUUUUAUCUAUGAUAUACAUGUAUAUAAAUAUAUAAAGGAGGUAGGAAUCUAAGAUAGAAUAUAAACUCUAUGGAAAUUUUUCUGAUGAAUUUCAUCAGGUUUUAGUAACACCUUGCUGAUUCUUGUUAUAUUCAAAUUCUGAUGUACAUUGCUUGAAAAUACUCCAGAGAAAUAUAAUUUAGUCAUAGAAUCAAGCAGAUAUGAGAAAUACCUUGAAAGAAAUAUGGACAGUUAAAAGGGGAUUAGUAAUAUUAAUGUUAGAGGUAACAUGCUAUAAUCAUAAUGUUUUUUAAAAUAGAAAAGUUUAUUCUGAUAUUGUUGUAAUAAACAGUUAAUGGUUGAAA